UCCCGCUGUAAGCCUCCUGAGUCAAGCGGUCACAUGGUGUCGGUCACGUGACCUCGCAGGGCGGAAGAAAUUUCAUAGUUGUGAAUGCAGUUAACUUUGGCAGUCGUAAACAAUUACAGCUACAGUAAGACAGCUGCUUUUACUUUUAGUUGUUUCCCACAGUCCUUUAUUUAUUGUUUGGCUGAUUUAACCAGGUAUCCAUAUGGCUGCGACGGAACGCCGGCACUCCUCAGAGCGAGAAAGCCUGUCCUCCUCAGUGACCCACUACGGCUCCACAGACAGCAGCGGCGAACACGACGUCAAGAGGAACAGUCAUGACAACAAUUGCAACAACCACAGAUUUCCCUCUGUGACAGCAGGUCACUGGGUCGGGGUCGAUGAGGAAGAGGAGGCCAUUCGCAGGAAGCUGAAAUACUUCUUCAUGAGCCCAUGUGAUAAAUAUCACGCCAAGGGCCGCAAGCCUUAUAAGCUUAUACUGCAGCUGCUCAAGAUAUUUAUUGUCACCACUCAGUUAGUGCUGUUUGGCCUCAGCAACCAGGUGGUGGUGACUUUCAAGGAGGAGAACACCAUGACAUUUAAACACCUCUUCCUGAAAGACUACGAUGAGUCCUCAGAUAAUUCCUAUGCUGUUUACACACAGCAGGACGUCUACGACCACAUCUUCUAUGCUGUUGAGCAGUAUUUGGCCUUACCUGAGACCACAGUGGGACGUUACGCAUAUGUCUACGAUGUUGGUGGGAACAGCAGCGCUCUCUCCCUCUGCCAACAGUACUACAAGAAGGGAAGCAUCGAUCCAGCCAACGAUACCUUCAGUAUAGACCCUCGCAUCAUCACAGAUUGCGUAGGUGUGAACCCUCAGUCCGUUCCCCCAACUCCGAUCACCAGCAGCUACAAGAACUUUACUCUCAAGUUCCACAAGCUGAUUAAUGUGACCAUAGAGUUCCAGCUGAAGGCGAUCAAUAUACAGACCAUCAUCAACAAUGAGAUCCCAGACUGCUACACUUUUCACAUAACAAUCGUUCUGGACAACAAGGCUCACAGUGGUAUGGUGAAAAUCCGGUUAGAAAACCAGGCAUCAAUAAAGGAGUGUAAGGACCCCAGCGUCUCUGGACACGCUGAGAGCUACACACGUUUAGCAUUUGAUGUCGUCGUGGCUAUGGUGUGUUUGCUGUCGCUUGUGCUGUGUGGGCGCUCCAUAAUGCGAGGCAUCAUACUGCAACAGGAGUUUGUGCAGUUCUUCAGGGAGACUCUGGACCGUAAAGUGUGCUGGUCUGACCGGCUAGAGUUUAUUAAUGGCUGGUACAUUCUCCUCAUCAUCAGCGACAUCCUCACCAUCACUGGCAGCAUCAUCAAAAUCGGCAUUGAGUCCAAGACCAUGUCCUCCUAUGACGUCUGUGGCAUCCUGUUAGGGACCUCCACUCUCCUGGUGUGGGUGGGAGUCAUUCGCUACCUCACAUUCUUCCAGAAGUACAAUAUCCUCAUCGUCACGCUCCGAGCAGCUUUCCCCAAUGUGAUUCGGUUCUGCUGCUGUGUGGCCGUCAUCUAUCUGGGCUACUGCUUCUGUGGCUGGAUCGUCCUGGGACCAUACCACGUCAAGUUCCGUUCUCUGUCCAUGGUGUCAGAGUGCCUCUUCUCACUCAUUAACGGGGAUGACAUGUACGUGACGUUCUCAGAGUUGCAGGAGAGCAGUACUCUGGUGUGGCUGUUCAGCCAAAUUUACCUUUACACGUUCAUCUCCCUCUUCAUCUACAUGGUGCUGUCUCUGUUUAUCGCUCUCAUCACUGGAGCUUAUGAGACCAUCAAGCACCAAACUCAGGAACCCAUCCACAUUACGGACCUGCACGCCUUCAUAGCAGAGUGUACAGAUGCACCAAAUUCUGGGAAGUUCAGGGGUCUGGAGACGUCGCCUUGCUCCUUCUUCUGCUGCUGUGAUAGAACAACAACAUAUGAAGAUGUCCUGCUGGUGAACUGAAGGUGACCUCAAUGAACUCAGAGGCCUCACCAGCCUCCUCUGCUGACAGGAGGGGCCCACUGCAUGCUCCUCAGUAUCUCUGGGUCAACGUACUGUAUGUAGGUCAAACCCUUGCCCUGCUCAGACUGGGGAGUCUGGACCUGUAGACUGAAUAGCAGUGUCCUUACCGGACCUCUUAUUUUUCCCCAUUCUUGACAGGUGAUAUGGGCUGAUAAAUAGCUGGACAUUUUUUGUGUACCAGCAGGACUCCAGCAGUGUCAUGGAUGACUAAUACGCAGACAUUUCUCUUGUUUGUUUGUUUGUUUUUAAAGACAAAAAUACAGUGUUUUCUUCCUGUAUGGACCAGCAGCAUGACCUGCAGCCAUGUGCCAUCAGUAAUAGUAAUAGUAAUAGUAAUAGUAAUUCAUACCUGGUGCUGACUGUUUUUAUUUUUGUAACAUUUAAAAUCCCUUACCUUCUGAGAUUAGGAAACAUCUACAUGAACCAUAUUCAAUUCUACAUUUUCUUACACCAACUCAUUCAUUUGAUAUGACACCUACUACACUUGAAAUGGGUCGUUAGAGGAGAAUGAGAGAAAUAAAUCCCCUGUCUUGUUUUCUGUCUUUUUUAGACAAAAUAUCUGAAAUCAGGACCAUAAACAAAUACUAUGCGAGGUUUCAGAUGUAGAAUUGAUUUGUUUUCUCUGUGCGCUGCACGCUUAGUAUAAAGUUUCAAACUCUGACGUUAGCUGCGGUUGUGUUGCAUAAGAAUCACAUUGCUCUCAAAUGUAGUUCUCAUUGCUGUGCUUCUUUGUGAUAUGUUGCAUUUAUCCCAGUAAUGGGAUAAUCAGUGUAAUGGGAUGCACUCAGUCUCCCACUAAUGAAGCACUCCGAAUUGUUAGCUACAAAACUGUUCUUCAAAUCCACGUACAUGUUUCUUUAAUGAUGCCAAAUUAUUAUCAACUACGUCUGUUGUUUAAAAAGUCAAAAACACAUGAUGGCCAUUUACAAACUGAUUCUGAGUUGUUUUAAAUGGGGAAAAAAAGGCUUUUCAGUCCUUUUGUUGUAUUCAUAAUCAUGUUGUAAACCAUUUCCCUACAGUGGAAGCUGGAUCAGUGUCUUUUUCUUUAUACCUCAUGAAACGCACAAUAUUUAAAGGUGUUUGAAGAGAUGAUCUUUUAGACUGUGACAGUUAAUUAUUAUAACCAAGAUGUACCUUCCCUACAGUUUGAUGUUUUUUUUUAUAUAUAAAUUAUCUGCACUGCACUUGAGAAACGCAAACGAUACCAAUUGUCAUGAAUGAUCUGCUUGGUUUCAAAUGUACUGAUGAACAUUUCGUGGGUCAUCCUUGAUAUUAAAACAUGAUUUUAUGUAUCAUGA